UCAAUAUGCACAGGUCAGGGGUCGCCGUUUGUUGUUUUCCUCUUCCUCCUGUGAUGUGUGUGAUAUUUUCGGGUUUUGAUAUAUAAAAACGUUCUUAGUCUGUAAAUAUCAUGGUGAUUUUUAUUUCAGUGCAGCAAGUUUAGUUGAAGAAGUGUGGGUUUCCGUUUGACUGUGAUGCAGCGCGUUGUUAGAAGGGUUUUUGUACAGUCCAGUUCCUUGUUCCGUACCGUGGUGGGAGGGGGGCGUGGUGUCAACAUGGCAGAGGGACAGAGAGCGAGACCCAGCUCGGACUUGGCGGCGUUCAGAGAACUGUUUGCCGCUGCCAGGAACAUCGUGGUGCUGUCAGGAGCCGGCAUCAGCGCGGAGAGCGGCGUGCCGACCUUCAGGGGAGCUGGGGGGUUCUGGAGGACAUGGCAAGCACAGGACCUGGCCACGCCAGAGGCGUUCCGUGCUAACCCGUCGCUGGUGUGGGAGUUCUACCACUACAGGAGGGAGGUCAUGCUCACCAAACUGCCCAAUGCCGGACACAUGGCCAUCGCAGAGUGUGAGCAGCGACUGGCCAAGCAGGGCCGCAGCCUCGUGGUCAUCACACAGAACAUAGAUGAGCUGCACAAGAGGGCUGGGUCAAAAAACAUCAUAGAACUGCAUGGUUGCCUGUUCAACACCCGAUGUACGCGGUGCGGCCAUGUUGAAGAGAACAGGAAGAGCCCCAUUGUUCUGUCACUGGCUGGGAAGGGUGCCCCUGACCCUGAUGCCCAGGAUGCCAGGAUACCUGAGGAAGAUCUGCCCAGAUGUGACCAUGGUGGCUGUGGUGGUCUUCUCCGGCCACAUGUGGUGUGGUUUGGGGAGUCUCUGGACCCUGACGUUCUGUCCAGGACUGACCGGGAGCUGGACAAGUGUGACCUGUGUCUCGUGGUUGGGACGUCCUCAGUGGUGUACCCAGCAGCUAUGUACGCUCCCAUGCUGGCCAGCAGAGGAAUCCCUGUGGCAGAGUUCAACAUAGAGGAGACCCCAGCUACACACCAGCUCGGGUUCCAUUUCCAUGGUCCAUCAGGAGAGUGGCUACCCAAGGCACUGGCACCCCACCACACAGAAACCACUCCCUAGUAGUGUUACUCUCACUGUCAGGGGCUAUUCACCUCUAACUCCAGUCACCAAUAGGAGCUCAGGAUUCUAAAUCAUUGUGAAAAUACAACCAAUAGGAGCUCAGUAUUCUCAAUCACUAUGAAAAUGCAACCAAUAGGAGCUCAGGAUUGUCAGUCACUUGAACAUGCAACCAAUAGGAGCUCAGGAUUUUCAAUCAUUAUGAAAAUACAACCAAUAGGAGCUCAGGAUUUUCAAUCAUUAUGAAAAUGCAACCAAUAGGAACUCAUGAUCCUCUGUCAUUAUGGAAACCAGUCAUCACAGCCACUAACACCAUGGUGACAGACAGUGCAAAGGCUAGGUGUGACAGUGCAGUAUACUAACCAGCUGCUGCCGUGCCGUGUGCCUCCAAAGCUGGUGUGUUACGCCAAAGGGUGGUAACUUAUACCGCCUCUACUUAAAAUUAUUCCAGAGCAGAAAUUGUGCAUAUUUAUCAACUAAUCAACUUUAAUUGUUUGAUUACGCAAACAGCAUAACCUGUACCCAUGUGGGAAAUGUGACCCCAGCAUUACACAAACUACGCAUGUAGAUUCCGAUUGGGCUACAUUGUUCAUUGACUAGAUUAUAUGGAUGACAUCCUCUGGGAAUUAAAAAACGGAUGAGAGUGACACUGUGCAAAAAAAUGAUAAAAAAACUAAGACCCUUUGCUGAAAUCUAAUUGUUUGGGAAGGUUACACAUUGAAAGUGGAAGACAAUUAUUAUUACAACCACACUCCACUGGAACAAUGAAUAUGCCUAUACUGUUAUCUAGAGAGAACAGAGAACAGAAGGUGGACACCGCUUUGUCGUAGAAUGUAAAAAAAAAUGCUGUAAAGAUAGACUUGUUAUAAGUCUCUGUACUCUCCAAGCAGAGGUUAUGGCUAUUUUUAAACGUUUUUUUUAGUCGUUUUUAUCAGGCUUUCUGUUUUGUAUUGUAUCUUAUAUUGUCAAAUCAAUACAAGCAUAACCUCUGCUUGGAGAGUAAAGUCUCUGUGCAUGUACAUUAAAAGUUUAGACAAACCUUUGAUUAUGAAAAUAUCUGUUCUAACUUACAUUUUUAUAAUAACAACGAAGUCAAGUUCAUUUAGAAUGCGUACAUAACAGCCAACAGAUUGAAUU